AGGGUCAGGACCUCCCCUCAACAGGUCAAAUCAAAACAGGAUCAAAAAGCAGAAAAAAUAUAUUUUGCAAAAUUGUUUUCUUUUUCAGGCUCUAAUCCUUGCUUUUUAAAAUGAUGUAAUACAGGUGGAUAUCACAAAUCACUGAUUCAAAUCAUUCAUAGGUUCCUUGUCGAUAACUGUCACUUUUCUUAAUGCAAUGCCAUCACAUCCCUGUUCAAACAUGCCAGUAAGGCUGUAUCUGAACUGAGCAUAGCCUAUUUUAUAACAGAUCUGUGGAACUAUUUGGGAGACCAGGCUGUACAAUGAUUAUCAAGGGAGAUUGUGGCAACGUCAGUCUACUGGAUGUACAGUGGUUUAAGAUAAUACUCCACCUUUCUUGGGGGCUACAAGAACGGAUGUGUUUUCUUUGUUCCUUGAGAUUUUGACCUGUCAUAGAAGGAAACACUCAGGUGUUAUUAAUAACAUUAACACGGGCUCUGUUAUAUAAGUAAGCUGUGACAGUGAACUAACAUGUAUAAUACCAGGACCCUGAAACUGAAGCAUCUACUGUAAAUAGAUGUUAGCCCUCGUUAAUUUCAUUGUUUACACCUGUGCUUUUCCUGCCGUUACAUGACAAUAUAUCUUCUGUGAAAAAAGGCCUAUUAAGGUUUGGUGCACCAGCAUGAGGUGAAGAUGACACAAUCCGCAAAAGCCACGCAUAGUUGAGAUUUAUGCUUUAUCAGAGUUACGUUAAAACAAUGUUUUACUCUUUCUAGAGAAAAAUUUAAACUCUAGGACUCACGGGUAAAUUUUGCAAAUAUCUAAGAGUAAACCUAGAAGAGCACAGCAGAUUCCCCUCAAAACACACUUCCAAAAGGUAGCAUCAUGGGCAGGAAGUGAAGUGGCAGUCCUCAGUGAGGUGAGGACCGUGCCUGCAUGGACUGAUACAUCAAUUAACCAACUUCAGCACUGGUUAAACCUGAGUAUCAAACCCUUAACCUAUAGGUCCUGAGUGGCCUGAUAGCAGUUACAGUAGAUUCCUACAGAACUCAGUUUAACAGGAAAACCCGUCUAUAGAAACUUCUCUCUUCACUGCUGAAGUAAUCCAAUCCUCCUCUGUUCAUCCAUAUGUUCACUAUGUUCCAAAUACUCCCAUGUUAGCCAAAAUAUGACUAAAUACAGAGCUUUUAUUUGUGCUAGCAGCAAGUAGGCUAGCAGUUUGUAGUGCAUGCUUGAUAACAGCUAACCGUGCUUUGUAUUGAGCCAUAUUUCAUUGAAAAUAUGUUCCUAAUCUACUGGGUAUAUGAAUGGACAUAUGAAAGUUGUAUUAUACUGCAGGAGUGAUUUGACAGGUUUCUAUGGACAAACGUAGUUACACCUUGUUUCCCGCCUGAAAGUGAGUUGCCAUUUGAAACCAUUGUAACGGUCGUGAAUCUGCCUCUCCAGAGAGCACAAAACUUUCCACUCUCACCUUUCACAGCGGUGCGCUCAGCCACGUUUGGCUCCUGGAGGAUGCUCACCCUGGGGACAGAGUACGAAGAUACCUGGGCUCCGUCACCUGACAGGAAGCGUCCUCCCGGGCAGCGGGUGGGGGAGGGGGAGCCAGGGUCCGCGGAGGGAACACACACCUCCACCGGCGACCCGGAGGAGCAGCCAUGGAGAGCCCGUAACACCGACACCGGGCAGAAGUUUGACGAAGUUUUACACCUGGACGGAGCGAGCAGGGCGGGGAGGAGAGAUGGUGUGCGUCACAUUGUCAAAAAGCACCAGACCCUGAACAACACGCUGUGGCCCCGCAGAAUGGCUCGCUUCGCAGAAGAUCUACCCACCCGCUAUGGAGGAGGCGCAGGCGGCGGAGGGAGAGGUGCACCGGGCGCUGGGAGAGGGGGAGCCCGGGGUGGUGGCGCUCCGGGUGGCCAGAGGAUGUACAAGCAGUCGAUGGCCCAGAGAGCCCGGACAAUGGCCAUUUACAACCCGAACCCUGUCAAACAAAACUGCUUCACUGUCAACCGCUCCCUCUUCAUCUUCCGCGAGGACAAUCUCAUCAGGAAGUAUGCAAAGCGAAUAACAGAGUGGCCUCCAUUUGAAUACAUGAUCCUGGCUACAAUUAUCGCCAACUGCAUCGUCUUGGCCCUGGAGCAGCAUCUACCCGCCAGCGACAAGACACCCAUGUCAGAACGCCUGGACGACACAGAGCCCUACUUUAUUGGAAUAUUCUGUUUUGAGGCUGCCAUUAAGAUCAUCGCCCUGGGCUUUGCAUUUCACAAAGGCUCCUACCUCCGCAAUGGCUGGAAUGUAAUGGACUUCGUGGUCGUCCUCACGGGAAUCCUGGCCACGGUGGGUUCAGACUUUGACCUGCGAACACUGCGGGCGGUGAGAGUGCUGAGACCCCUCAAACUCGUGUCAGGAAUCCCCAGCCUCCAGGUGGUGUUGAAGUCCAUAAUGAAAGCCAUGGUUCCUCUGCUUCAGAUCGGCCUGCUGCUUUUCUUCGCCAUUGUCAUGUUUGCCAUCAUCGGGGUGGAGUUUUACAUGGGCAAAUUCCACACCACCUGCUUCAAGAUCAACACUGGUGAGAGAGCAGCAGACUGGCCUUGUGGUCUUGAGCCCCCCGCCAGGACGUGUCCUAACGGUACCGAGUGCAAAGGGUACUGGACUGGGCCCAACUUCGGUAUCACAAACUUCGACAACAUCCUAUUUGCAGUGCUUACUGUGUUCCAGUGCAUCACCAUGGAGGGCUGGGUGGACAUCCUCUACAGCACUAAUGAUGUGGUAGGAAACACCUGGAACUGGCUCUACUUUAUCCCUCUCAUCAUCAUCGGCUCCUUCUUCAUGCUCAACCUGGUGCUCGGUGUCUUAUCAGGAGAAUUUGCCAAAGAGAGAGAACGUGUAGAGAAGAGGCAAGAGUUCCUGAAGCUUCGGAGGCAGCAGCAGAUCGAGAGAGAGCUCACUGGAUACCUGGAGUGGAUCUGCAAAGCAGAGGAGGUGUUGCUGGAGGAGGAGGAUGAGAUUGCAGAGGAGAAGUCCCCGCUGGACGGUGCGUGGUACAAGAGGAAACAAAACCUUCCAGUCCUGAAACGAGGCAAAGCCAAGAAGGGUAAAAACGACCUGAUCGGUGCUGAGGAAGGAGAGGAUCCUUUCGCAGACAUCUCCUCUGUUGCUCCUCCCGGCUCUCCGUUCGGUCGGGCCAGCGUGAAGAGCAGCAGCAAGAUGGACAGCUCCUCUUACUUCCGGCGUAAAGAGAAGAGGACCCGGUUCUUCAUCCGCCGUAUGGUGAAAGCUCAGAGCUUCUACUGGAUCGUUUUGUGUCUGGUGGGCCUCAACACACUGUGUGUAGCCAUAGUCCACUACGACCAACCUGAGUGGCUUACAAGAGCCCUCUACACAGCAGAGUUUGUGUUCUUGGGUUUGUUUCUGUCUGAGAUGACUUUGAAGAUGUACGGCCUUGGAGCGAGGAAUUAUUUCCACUCCUCCUUUAACUGCUUUGAUUUUGGGGUAAUUGUUGGAAGUAUUUUUGAGGUGAUCUGGGACAUGAUUAAACCAGGAGCGUCGUUUGGUAUCAGCGUGUUGAGAGCCCUGCGACUGCUCAGGAUAUUUAAAGUCACCAAAUAUUGGAACUCUUUGAGGAACCUCGUGGUGUCCCUUCUCAAUUCCAUGAAGUCCAUCAUCAGCUUGCUCUUCCUCCUCUUCCUCUUCAUCGUGGUCUUUGCUCUGCUGGGCAUGCAGCUCUUCGGAGGACAGUUUAACUUUGAAGAUGAGACACCAACAACAAACUUUGAUACCUUCCCAGCAGCCAUCCUCACUGUGUUCCAGAUUCUAACUGGCGAGGACUGGAACGCCGUGAUGUACCACGGGAUCGAGUCUCAAGGAGGUGUUCGCCGUGGCAUGUUCUCCUCCGUCUACUUCAUUGUCCUCACGCUCUUUGGAAACUACACCCUCCUGAAUGUCUUCUUGGCUAUCGCUGUCGAUAACCUCGCAAAUGCACAGGAGCUGACUAAGGAUGAAGAAGAGCAGGAGGAGGCAGCCAAUAAGAAGCUUGCCCUGCAGAAGGCUUUGGAGGUGAAGGAAGUCAGCCCGAUGUCAGCGGCCAACAUCUCGAUCGCUGCUUUUGUAAAGCAAAAUCGAGAUGCACUCUCUCGCAGGUCGUCCAUCAACAGCGUUCAGUCACCUAAGGAGCAGCAGCGUGCAGCAAAGACCAUGUCAGUGUGGGAGCAGAGGACCAACCAGCUGAGGAGACAUAACAUAAGGGCGAGCAGCGAGGCCUUGUUUAACGAGCUCGACCCUGAGGAGCGCCUCCGGGUGUCAUCCGCCCUCCACCUGCAUCCUGACAUGAAGACUCACCUGGACCGGCCGCUCGUGGUAGAAGCCAGGAAUGGUGACAAACCCAGCAGGCCUCACGAAGGAGAACAGGAGGAAGCCGGGGACACCCGGCAAGACGGUGUGGGAGACAACUUCCACACGCACUCCAGGAAGCAUCACCGCCACCGAGACAGGAACGGGGAGAGCAGAGAAGGAGGCGACGGCCGAGGAGGGAGGCACCACACCCAUCACAGCCGGAGCAGAGACCACAACAACGAAGGUGCCCAGACGAAAGAGAGGAGAGGGGAGAGGAGCCGCGAUGGAGGGCAGGGACACAGGCACCACCACCAGGCCGGCUCCCCUGAAGAGGAGGCCAAUGACAUACGAGGAGGAGUAGGAAUGGAAGAAAGGGGACAUCGCCACCACCAUUCCCAUCGUCCACCAAAAGAGGGAAAUGGGAUGUUAGCGAACGGUGCGCAGGGAGAGCGCAGGGGGAGGGGGGGAGGAGGGGAUAGUAAUGGAGAGAGGAAGGGACGCUGCUCUCGUAUGGUUAGAGCUCAGUCUACGCUAGACGGAGAGGACUGUAAACGGAACAAGAAUGGAGCCAAAGUUCACAGGGACAGGCAGCCAGAUGCUGAGGAGGACGGCCUCGCCUCCAGUCCUCUGCAAACAAUGCGGAGUAGCCUGAGUCUUGGAGAAAAGCAAGAGGACGCUGACAACCAGAAGAACUCCACCAGAGCCAGCCAGGCUGGCCUCAACAGCAACGCCAUCCACAUCCCUGUCACCAUCACUGCCCCGCCCGGAGAAACCACCAUCAUACCCAUGAACAACAUCGACUGUGAUAACUUCCGACUGAGUGAGGAGAAAAAAGAUCUAGAGGAGGAGGAGGCGGCUAAUGGGCCUCGGCAGAUCCUUCCCUACAGCUCCAUGUUCAUCUUUGGGCAAACAAACCCGGUGCGGCGGCUGUGUCACUACGUGGUCAACCUACGCUACUUUGAAAUGUGCAUCCUGAUGGUCAUUACCAUGAGCAGCAUCGCUCUGGCAGCCGAGGACCCUGUGCAAGCGAACGCACCGCGCAACAACGUUCUCAAGUAUCUGGAUUAUGUAUUUACUGGAGUCUUCACUUUUGAGAUGGUGAUUAAGAUGAUUGAUUUGGGACUGCUCCUCCACCCUGGCUCUUAUUUUCGGGACCUGUGGAACAUUCUGGACUUCAUUGUGGUCAGUGGAGCUCUGGUGGCCUUUGCCUGCUCAGGGACGAAAGGCAAGGACAUAAACACCAUUAAGUCCCUGAGGGUCCUCCGAGUCCUGCGGCCACUCAAGACCAUUAAACGGCUGCCCAAGCUGAAGGCUGUAUUCGACUGUGUUGUAAACUCUCUGAAGAACGUUCUCAACAUCCUUAUCGUCUACAUCCUCUUCAUGUUUAUCUUCGCCGUUAUCGCCGUGCAGCUCUUUAAGGGCAAAUUCUUCUACUGCACUGAUGAGUCCAAGGGUCUAGAGAAAGACUGCAGGGGUCAGUUUCUGGACUAUGACAGGGAUGAUGUGGCAGCUCAGCCCAGAGAGUGGAAGAAGUACGAGUUCCACUAUGACAAUGUUCUCUGGGCUUUCCUAACGUUAUUCACUGUGUCCACCGGAGAGGGCUGGCCAGUGGUCCUGAAGCACUCAGUGGAUGCCACCUAUGAGGACCAGGGUCCCAGCCCAGGCUUCCGCAUGGAGACAUCGAUCUUCUACGUGGUGUAUUUUGUGGUGUUCCCUUUCUUCUUUGUGAACAUAUUCGUGGCUUUGAUCAUCAUCACCUUCCAGGAGCAGGGAGACAAGGCCAUGUCUGAGUGUAGCCUGGAGAAGAAUGAGAGGGCUUGCAUUGACUUUGCCAUCAACGCCAAGCCGCUGACCAGAUACAUGCCAGAGAACAAGCAGUCCUUCCAGUACAAGAUGUGGAAAUUUGUGGUGUCCCCUCCGUUCGAGUACGCCAUCAUGACUUUAAUUGCCCUCAACACGGUUGUGCUGAUGAUGAAGUUUUACGGAGCUCCGGAACUGUACGAGUCCAUGCUGAAAUAUCUAAACAUCGUCUUCACAGCCCUCUUCACACUGGAGUGCAUCCUCAAGAUUAUUGCCUUCGGUCCACUGAACUACCUGAAAGCAGCCUGGAACGUGUUUGACUUUGUGACUGUGCUUGGAAGCAUAACAGACAUCUUGGUCACAGAGAUUAAGGACAAGUUGGUAAAUCUAAGUUUCCUGAGGCUGUUCAGAGCAGCUCGACUUAUCAAACUGCUUCGGCAGGGCUACACCAUCCGCAUCCUGCUAUGGACCUUCGUUCAGUCCUUCAAGGCCCUGCCGUAUGUUUGCCUGCUCAUCGCCAUGUUGUUCUUCAUCUAUGCCAUCAUUGGAAUGCAGGUGUUUGGUAACAUCGAGCUGAAUGAAGAGACUGCCAUCAAUCACCACAACAACUUCCAGACCUUUUUCCAGGCUUUGACCCUCCUCUUCAGGAGUGCGACAGGCGAGGCGUGGCACGAGAUCAUGUUAUCAUGUCUCAGUAACCGGCCGUGUGAUAAGCUCUCAGGAACAGUGGGGAAGGAGUGUGGGAGUGACUUCGCCUACUUCUACUUUGUCUCUUUCAUCUUCCUCUGCUCCUUCCUGAUGCUGAACCUAUUUGUCGCUGUCAUCAUGGACAACUUUGAGUACCUGACCAGGGAUGCCUCCAUCCUGGGGCCUCAUCACCUUGAUGAAUUCAUCCGUGUGUGGGCGGAGUAUGACCCUGCGGCCUGCGGCCGUAUGGCUUACCGUGAUAUGUACGAGAUGCUUCGUGACAUGUCCCCUCCACUAGGUUUGGGAAAGAAAUGUCCGCCUCGAGUCGCCUAUAAGCGAUUGGUUAAGAUGAACAUGCCCAUUGCCGAUGACAACACGGUGCAUUUCACCUCCACGCUGAUGGCCCUGAUUCGCACAGCCCUGGAGAUCAAACUGGCGUCUGGGGUCCUGGCGCAGCAUUUAUGCGAUGUUGACCUGAAGAGGGAGAUAAACCGAGUCUGGCCCAACCUGUCGCAGAAGACUGUCGACCUGCUGGUGACACCACAUAAAUACAAUGAGCUGACUGUGGGGAAAGUCUACGCAGCUCUAAUGAUCUUUGACUACUAUAAGCAGAAUCGUGCCAAGAGGCUCCAGCAGCAGAAUCCUUCAGGAGCAACUCAGAGUAAACUGGGGGCAUUGUUCCGUCCCGUGCUGCCCCUCACUCACAUACAGGAAGUGGAACCGCCAUUCUCCAGCCCCAAACAGCCCCUGACACCCCAACCUGAGCCAGAGGCUAAGUCAGAGGCCCAGCCCACAACCACCGCCACACUGGUUAACAGGGACGCAUUACUUAACCAGAGGAGUGCCAUAAAACAUUCCCAGUCUGGAGAUGUUUCUCAGGCAGCACUGAGGCCCAAAGCCCGCAGGAAACUACAGAGAGGCCAAUCAGAGGAUGUGCCAUAUUCCACCAGACCUCAGGAAUUGGUUGAGAUGAAGAAGGUGGAGGAUGUCUCAGACACAGAGGGACAUCCUGGCCUAGAAGGCCACUGCAGAGCAGCGUCUCUGCCCCGACUGAAUGCUGAGUACUACCCGAUUGUCGACCUCAGUCCGAUAAGACGCUCAGCAUCCUCGCUGACGCCGCAGCACCACCAGGAGGUCGGACUGAGGGAUUAUGACCUGGAACGGCCCGGACUGGCCCAGUCCUCCACUGGGCCAGGGCAUGUCCAGGGCCAGGACAGAGCCCACCACCAUCACCACCACCACCGCUGCCAUCGACGCAGGGACAAGGACAAAGACAAGAAGCAGAAGUCCCUGGACAGAGCUGCAUCAAUGCAGCCGUCCAGCACUGUUGGCUCAUUUACCGACCCUUCAGCUGAAGGUUUGUCCAGAGAGCGAGCGAGGGAGCGGGACCGCAGCCGGCCUCAUGAAAGGAGGCACCACUCCUCAGCAGGAGAGAAGCAGCGCUACUACUCCUGUGAGCGUUACGGCAGCAGGGAGCAGUGCCAUGCCAAAUCAGCCGGUCCCAGUCGAUCCACGUCCCCAGGAGAGGGACAGGACGCUGGUUUCCUCAAACAGCAUGGCAGCAGUGCGGUUAAAGCUGUCCCCAUGACGUUGCCGUCUGGUUCGAGCACGCCCGGCCGUGGUCGCAGGCAGCUCCCUCAGACACCCCUCACCCCUCGCCCUGCUGUGGCCUACAAGACCGCCAACUCCUCGCCUCUCCCGUCCGGUGGCAGUAACACCACGACGGGGCACCAGACUCGUUUCAGCCGUGGCCUUUCAGAGCACGAGCGCUUACUCGGGUGCUAUGACGAGUCCCCGAUACCAGUCACCCGCAUCGGUUCAGACCCUAAUUUAAACCGGCAGCCGAAGGACACUUCUCAGCAGGCCCUCCUUGAAGAGGCAGAGGACUUUCAGGACGCUGUGAGCAGCCACGGAGGAGCACGCCCCGCCAGAACAACCUCCACUACGGCCUCAGCUUCACAUGGAACUGCUGCUGCGCCCGUCACAGCGCCCGCGACGCAGGGACGGGCGGGGGUGGUGCCUAACGGGUACCACUUCACCCUUGGGGUCAACUCUGCGUCUGGGAGCAGAGGAACAGGAAGUCUCAGGGAGAGGGAGGAAGAGGACUGGUGCUAACAUGGCAGGAAACCUUGGAACGGGUUUGAUGUUAGCUGUUGACGGGGCAGCUUGUCAGAGAUGUACAGCGAGCUGGUAGGAAGCCAGCAGGUAAAUACAGAAGGCAAGAUAUUUAGGAAGAAGCCAGUGGGAAGUGCUGUAAAAGGGGAUCAGAAAUCAUUCCAGCUUUGUUGUGUUACUCUCCUUUUUUAUACAACAAACUCUUUAAGGAAAAAAGACACUAAUGACUUUUUCUACCCCCUUUACUUGCACUGAAAUUAUAGCACAUUUGAAGACCCUUAAGUAUUUUGCCUUGGCCAGUAAAAUCAGUGUUGGAGCAGAAGACAAAAGAAAAUGUCGUUCUUUGAGUGAAACGAUGAACUGUUUAAGACCCAUCUGAAUGCCUCAUCCCUGGUAUUAAUGGCUACUCACAACACUGGAUUUAGUUUUUUAUUUAUUUAUUUUUUAUGAUCAAUUGUGUUUAUUUUUGCCAUUCAAGUGAGACAAGAGUUUCAACUUGAUCAUAUUGAUGCUACCACCAAAUGAUUUUCUUCUCUUUAGGGUUAUCGCCAAAUUCUGACCAGAACAGAUAUUAGGAAAACGAUUUAAUUUAGUUCUUAAACUCUUCUGCCACUACACCUAACGAACACAGUGAGUAAUGUGACAAACUGUCGCUUUAGAAAACAAUAAAAACGACGCGAUGAGUCGGAGUGGGAGUAAAGCCGAGUUUUCAUGAUCACGUUUUUGUAAAUUGUACCAGAUGUAAAUUUUUUGAGUGCACAUAGGGACUAGAUCAACUGUUUUCUGACGUUAUGUGGCUGAAUACUAAGUGCCUCGUUUUCCAAGAUGUAUUAAGAUGCAGCCUGGCUUUGGGUCGGAGGGACUCGAACAUGCAGUAGAGGAUGUAA